AUGGAUGAUUGUGUGGUUCAUUUCCCUGAAGAUAUACAAAAGGAUAUUCUGUUAAGAUGUCCAGUGAAGUCGUUGUUGCGUUUCAAAUGUGUAAGCAAGAGCUGGUGUGCUCUUAUCAAAAAUCCUAAAUUCGUUCAACAACACUUGAAGAAUAGUAGCCCCCCACAACUCCUCGCCUAUACUGUUGGUACCUCUGAUGAUGCUGGUCAAGGUCCCCGCUCCAUAACUUUGAUUUCUGAAGAAAAUCCACAAACAUUCAAAGGUAUGACACACCUCAUAGGUUCUGUGGAUGGUUUAUUUUUAAUGUAUAGAACAAUUGAUACUAUGAUUUCAUGUGCAUUGUGGAAUCCUGCUACUAGAGAAGUGAGAUCCCUCCAAAUCCCACUCCCUGCACCCAUAAUAUUUGAUGCCCCUAUGUUGGGGUUCGGGUUGGACCCCGUGACUAAUGACUAUAAAAUUGUUUACUCUCAUUGUGGUUAUUGGCGUAAAUAUACGGCAUCAGUCUAUUCCUGUUCUAGGGGUUCAUGGAGAAUUUUUGAACCUAAAGAACCACUCCCCUUCUACACAGACGUGAAACACUCAUUUGGUACUGCUUAUUUGAAUGGAAGUUACUACUGGUUGCUAAGAGGGGGCGACCAUCGUAAUUACACCAUUCUUUCAUUCGAAUUUGGAAGUGAGAUGUUUGAAGAAAUCGAAGGGCCAGAUAGAAACAUUGUAUAUACUUUUGCGUUGGGCUUGAUGUUAAUUGAUGAUUCCAUUGCCAUGUUGAAGUAUAACACAUGUAGUAUGCUUGCUUAUGAUAUUUGGGCUUUGAUCCAACCAGGGGUCUGGAACAAAAUUGUGACCUUUGAACUCUUCACACCGAUUAAGACUUGUUAUGAUAACUCUCUCAUUACAGUCGUUAAAGAUUCUCAACUGGUCUCUUAUAAUGUUCGGACUAACAGUAUGAGGUAUCUUGGAUUUCAACAUUCGGGUUUGAGCAAAUAUGCAAUAUUUGGUGGUUGUGGGGUUUCUUAUUAUAAGGAGAGCUUAGUAACAUUCAAACAACAAGAGCAUGAAGAUUUGGACCAUUAA